UAGAAGACUCUCUUACCAGGCUAAUGUGGCUUCUUGUUGAUAAUCACAUGUGUACAUUGACCUUUGGCCGUUGUUACUGCGCAGAACUCCACCUGCUACUUCUAGAUCCACUCCACUCCGCUCCACUCAACUCUGCACCCUCAGCAUGUCAACCUCCGUGCAGAUGGAACCGGUCCUGGAAAGGAAGUACGGAGGAGUCGGACGCUGCAAGUGUUCUUUCUGGUUCGCAGUAGCCCACGAUAUACUCGGCGUACUCAUCAUGAUGGUGGGGGUCUUCGGAGGCCUGGUCAUCCACGACCUCUUCAUCUACGCCGGUGCCAUUGUCAUCUUCCUCAGCCUCAUCUGGUGGGUGUUCUGGUACUCCGGGAACAUCGACGUACCGCCGGAGGAGCUGGAAGACGACGUGGGAAUGAUGAAACUAAAAAGCAACAAAAGACUGAGCCGUGUCGUGAAGCGAGCGUCCAGCCGACUCUCCAGCGGGAUUCGGAGCUCUUUUGGAAAAAAUGGAAGGUCGCCCAGAGAGGGUGCCCGCAUGGGAAAAACGGCUUCAAAUGCCGAGCAGCUGCAGAACACUGAUGAGUCGCUUUUCACUAUUUAUGACGCUGAUAUUGCAUCUUCAUCCAAACAAUUUGUCCGAGAGACAUUGUCGAUAUGAACGAAAGCUACACUCGUGUUUGUUUGUCUUUGCUUAUGUUUGCUCUGUCAUCACAUUACACAGACACGAGUAAUGAUUAGACAGUGCUGGAAUCCUGUCCAAAGAAGUUCACAUGCUCUUAUCUUGCUGAUAAGAUCAAGAUAAGAACACCUUGCACACUUCACUUUUAACAAACUUGUCCCUAUGAUAAUUAUAUAGGGAAUAUGGAGUUUCAUGUCAAUACACAAACAAUGGAGGGGGUCUCAAACUCAAUUUACCUGGGGGCCACUGGAGCUAGGGUCUGGGCAAGGCUGGGCCGCAUCAGGUUUCCCCCCCCAAAAAAACGCAUUUAUUAAAAACAGAAAAAUAUACAAACUUUUUCACUGCUUUGGUUCCGAUUUUCUACAAUAAAAGCUCUGAUAAAACA